AGCAUCCCAAAAAAUGAAAUGGAAGAAAAACUUUUGAUAAGCAAUAUUAAGACCCUCCCAAUGGACAGCGACGAUGAAUUUGAACAAGCUUCAAUCGAACACCUUGCCCCACAAAUACAACUCGAAACUCCAGACACUGAAGUGCAAUAUGCUUUGAGAUCGCCUCCUGAAGUAGGUUCAAUGAUAACCUACAGAGUACUACAAGUCCAAGACACUCCCGAUACUCCAGAGUACGUUGCAACCUCUGGCAGUUUCUCCUCUACAAGUUCAUCACAAAUGCUGACAAACGGUCCAAUUUACGUUAUCGGCAAUCCUGAAUCUUACACCACAACCACCAGUAGACCAAUAGCGCCACGACCCCAAACUUUGGAAAAUUCGGUUGUAGUGCAAGUAAAAAAAAGGGACGAAAGGCGAAGGGCCACUCACAACGAAGUAGAAAGGCGUCGCAGGGACAAAAUAAACAACUGGAUAGCGAGGCUGGCUAAAAUUUUACCAGAAAGUCCUCAGGAUCUUAAAGGGAAUGGACAAUAUGAUGGUCAUUCCAAAGGGGGUAUUUUAUCUAAAGCUUUUGAGCAUAUUAUUGAGCUUCAGGCUAGUGAGACUCGCCUAGGGACUUGUAUUAAGGAAAAUAAAAAAUUAGUUAACGCAGUGGAGCAAUUGAGAACUAAAAAUUUUUCAUUGGAGAAUGAAAAUACUCAACUGAGGGAGUUGCUGAAAAAACACGGGAUAGAGGUUAAAUGA